UGCUGGGAACUGUAUCUGACCCUAAACCUGAAGCAUCUGCUGCUGAAGCAACAGGCAGUCGCACAAGAGCAAGACCCAGAAAAUCUCGAUUGGAUUGACUUCGUGUAUUCAUCAUAUUGUGUUGUAUCUCAACUAAUCACUAUGGUUGUGAAAGUAGCAGUGAUUGGAGCAGGUGUGACUGGCCUGAGUGUUGCAACAGUACUUAAAGAGAAAUUCCCCAAUUUACCUAUUACCCUUUUUGCUGACAAAUUUAGCCCUGGAACAACAAGUGAUGGGGCAGCUGGACUUUGGAUGCCUUUCUUGUUGGGAGACACUCCUGAAAAAGAUGUUUAUGUUUAUUCCAAGGAUACAUGGAUUUUUUUAAAGAAACUAUGGGACUCUCCUGUAGGAGGAAAACUUGGAGUCUCUCUUGUGCCAUGUUUGCAGACUUCUGACACGGUAAAUCCCGUGCCCAUGUAUAGCGAUUUCGUCUAUGGAUUUCAAGUUCUUACAAAAGAACAAUUGGCAUUGUACAAUAAGCCUGAAUGGAGGCAAGGCUACCGUUUUGUCACCUUUAUUUGUGAAGGGUCUAAAUUAAUGCCCCACCUGCUGGAAGAAUUUCGCUCAAAAAAUGGCAUCGUCAUAGUCAAACGACUUGAAAGUCUCGAAGAAAUUGCUUCCGAUUUUGAUGUCAUCAUCAACUGCUCCGGAAUAGGAGCCAAAGAAUUGGUCAACGACAUAUCAGUCCACCCAAUCCGGGGACAUAUCUUUCGCGUGAAAGCUCCAUGGCAAAAGUCAAUAUUAAUCGAUGACAGCGACAAAGGAAACUACAUUAUCCCAAAUCAGGACAGCGUUGUUCUGGGCGGAACGCACGACAAAGAUCAGUGGGACAUUGUUCCAAGAAAAGAAGAUGCCAAAUUCAUCCUGGAUGGUUGUACUUCCUUGUUUCCGUCUCUAGAGAAAGCGGAAAUUUUAUAUGAGUGGGUGGGAUUGCGACCAGGUCGCAAUCAACUACGCGUUGAACUCGAAAAGAAAACAAUCAACGGCAAACCUCUGACUGUCAUACACAAUUACGGGCACGGAGGCUCGGGUCUGACCACGUUUUACGGAUGCGCCUUGAAGGUGGCUAAUCUGCUUCAAGGGACCUUAACUUCAGAAAAUUAUUUGGCCUCGAAGUUGUGAUACAUAAUCAUGCAAUAGAAGAAAAAGAAAAGGUGUCUACACAUUUUUUAAAAAAAGGUUCGUCGUGCUGGUCUUUGCGUCAUUCGCUUUUUGUUUGGUUAAUUCACGGGGAACGAGAUAUAUCACAAUCCCUUUCCGGCUCAUUCUGCGAAUUACCUCAUCACGUACUCUGGGACCUUUUACAUAAUAGUUAGUUGUUUCAUCUACUCUAUUAGAUAUCACCCAGCUAUAAUUCUAGAAAUGAUGGAUUUGUCAAGUUGAACCGCACUUGUUGUUGUUCGACGAUAUUGUGGGGGGUAAAACUGACUGUAAUAACAUAAAGAAUACAAUAACCCGUGUGUUGCAUGGAUUGGAAAGA